UAACAAGGGACGUAACUCUCGUUUUAACCCGAUAGGGGUCGCAAGCGACAGUUUAUAGUUACCAAAAUGGCGGACGAGUCUGGGCUGGAAUUUCUGUAUUGAUUUUAGAAUGUUUUGCUUAUUGCAUUAUGUAGAAAGCGUCAGAUCACUCGGGUAUUUUUACCCUGAAGGCACCCUCAUAUAACGGAGCUCCUUAGAGCAGAAAAAACAUGGCUGGAAGUUUAAAAGGGAGUCUUGGGCUGAAAAGUGGCCCAUUAGCCCCAACAUCUGCCAAACUGACUACACAGUAUCUAGUUCUGGAUCACAUGAACAACCAUUACCGCAAGAUAAAUAAAGCUAAACCCGCCAUUGAUAACCGUCCGCCCAAAUCUAUAGCACAGAGUCAGAAAGUUCGAGAAAGGAAAGAACGUGAUCACAUCAAGAAACAUGGAACGAGUCGGCCAACUUCUCGUAUGUCUGUGCGGCCAGUGUCAAGGAAUGAUGUUGAUGCUGAGUAUUAUGAUGAGGCAGAGUGGGAUGAUCCCGAGGAUGAUGAUGAGAGACUGGUGUAUGACAUCAUGAGAACAACCCUGAGAGAAAACUACCCUGCGAGUGCCGACGCCACGUACGGGUCAGGCCAACGACCCCGUGGACAGUCCCCUGGCGGCUUUAACAAGACCAUCAGAUACCAGGACCAGGUUCAAGCCAAUGAUCUACAGACCUACUACAGACCAGAGAAACGCCCUUCCUCUGUGAGAUCCACCCACUCCAUGCUGAGCAAUGGAUCUCGAACCAGUCUCAUGGGCAAUCCCAAGAAGGCCACAGAUGGAGAUCUCUUACAAAAACGCUCCCAUGUAUUCACAGAGCCUGAGAAACCUUUCACCCCACGAACUCUCAAAUCGAACCGCCAGUCUCGUCUGAGCGAGUACAAGUAUUACAAUCCGCCCCCAAAGAAGCCAAGUCAUAGACAUGACGACAUGGAGCAAACCGGCAGACAGGCUAUGCAGAUGACAGAGAGGGAGUGUCGCCCCAAGCCCAAGCCCCGGGGCACAGGUACCCUGAACAGGACGGGGACACAGACAUUGUCAGAGAGCCAGCUGAUGUACGAGACGCUACAGAGUCGAGACUUCAACCGCCACCAAGGGGAGAAGGAUGGGGUGCCGAAGCUGGACAUAUCGGUGGACAAGGAUCACAUGAAUUGGCUCCAGGAACAAGCUAGCAAGGCACAGAUCCGGAUGAACAAUGGGAUGAAGACUCCGAUGGAUCAGAUUGAUGAAACUGAACAGCCUCCUGUUAAUGGCGCUAUGCGAACAUCAUCUGGCAGUGCUAGACUUACUAAGUCGUUUGGCACUAAGUCUUUGAACAGGCAGAGAAUGAGUGAAGCGGAAGACGAACAACAGUAUGUGCUGUUUGCUAAACAGGUCACAGAGGAGGUUCUGAACAGGGGUAUCUACACUGACAGGGUAUUGAAGAAGGUGUUUGACAGGCAUGUAGAGAAACACAAAGGAAAGCUAAAGAUUUCUCGAAUGCGGGCUAUCCUGGACAAACUACGCACAGAUUUUGGCAUAUCUGAUAGUCCUGAACCCUUCGAGGAGGAAGAUGAGUGUGAGAGGACUGUGAACAUGUUAGAGCCAGACCCAGAAGUGAGAGCAGCCCGACUUGCCAGGCAGGAUAAACCUGCUGAGGAUAUAGAUGGCACUCAUUCUUCAACAAACACAUUGAACUUUGACAGUACUGGAGAGGCAUUCAGUACUGUGAGGUCCCACCACAGGAGAGGGUCACAAGCUAGUGAAGCAAGAUCUGACAUUGCCGACAGAAGGUCAUUGGUCAGUGAAUCAAGGUCAACUAUCGGGGACAGAAGGUCAGAAACAAGACCCCAGCUUGGGGACACAAGAUCGGAGAUGAGUGAUAGAAGGUCACUGGCCAGUGCGUCAAGGUCAACUAUUGGGGAGAAAAGGUCAGAGUUUGGAGAAACUAGAUACCAGUUGGGUGAAGUAAGAUCAGAAGUGAGUGACUUGAAAUCUGAAGGGAAACAGUCGGAUGUGGGUUUGGGUGAGACUGAUGAGAUGACGGCCACCCAGGUGCUGGAGCGAUACGAGAAGACAAUGACCACCCAUGACAAUGAAGGAGCAAGUAGAUCUGUCAGUGAGGUGGAUGUGAGUGACAGGAUGUCAUCAAGAGGGGAGCAGAUUAAUGGGGUCACAUCGCCAGGCGAGAUGCAGUCAGAACCGGAUUCCUCACUUGUAUCAUCGCCAUCUCACUCCACCAAAGCCCCGGUACCCGCUCGACGUCGCCGCACGCCCCGACAAGAGGAGAAACGCCUGCCAGAGCUCCACAAGGCUGAGGUUAUAAAGGUUGCAAGUCAAGGUGAAGAAGGGCAGAUAACUGUGGAUGUGACAGAAGCAAUAAAGGCUAAUGCCAAUACAGGCCUUCUCAUAAAGAAUGAAGAAUCCAUUACCGUCAACAAUUCCUUUAAAGCCAAGCUGGAUGACAAAACCCCUGGGAAUGCUGAAGUGGCGGAAGACGAUGAUGAUGAUUAUGAAGAUGAUUAUGAUGCUGAUGAUGAUGAUGGUCAGGGGGGUACAACACACAGAACAUCGGAUGAAGAUUUUUAGACUGACAGUUCAAGCAAUAGUUGAAUUGAUAUAUAGACCAUAGAUCCCCAUGUAGUAUUUUAGUAUAUUACAACUGCUAUGCCCUGACUGUGAUAAAUGAACCCUUUGCCUUAUGUGUGCUGUAUUUGGACACAGUCACAUUGUUAGAUAUAUCUUUUGUGCAGAUUAUAUUAUACCAGAUUUGUUAUUCUUCAGAGAAUAUUCUCAGUGAUAUACAUUGUAUGUUUUAAGCUGUCAUUGUUGGUACUCUGUUUUAUUCUAAGGCUUUAAAAACAAAUAAUUUUGGUUCUCAUGCAACGGCAAGUCAGUAUCACAGUCUGUUCCCAAAACUUUUGAGUCUACUGGCUGCCCAUGUCACUUGACAUUAUUUACAUUAGAUCUUAGUGAAAAUAUAUGGAGUUUUAUUAGCAAAGCUUACUAGACUAAAAGAAAUUUUACUUGACUAGGGCCAAGGACUUGUGGCUGAAGUCAUAUAGUGAUAUAUUUUGUAUUAACAUAAGACAAAAAGUACAAGUUCUAACCCUUUUCACCGCCGGAUCAGAGGGGGAUGGGGGUUGCGCAUUAUCCUUUUGUCAGGCACCUUACGUCUGCCUGUGUGAGACCCUUCCUGACUUCGGUAGUGUCACUUUUCAAUACCCUGAAUGGCGGCAGGGGUGGCCCAG